GUUCUAUCAUAACACCAUCAACACGCGCCGGUCUGUAUGCGCUCAAGCCUACUACCGGAGUCCAGGGACUACUGGGUUAUACACCAUGACGGAGUUUUUCGACAGUCCGGGCCCUAUGGCAAAAUUAGCAGCAGACUUUCGCGUUUUUCCUGAGAUUCUACUGGGCCGCCUGUCCAACUCCCCACAGUUGGGUUCCUGGACCCAAAAAUUGGGAACAUGUCACCGGACUUUGGUACGCAAUUUAAGGGUACAGAGGAGCAAAUGGUACGUCACACUCAUUUCAUCCAGAUGUUCAGAGCUCUAAAAGUC